AUACACAUCGCAGUUUGUACUGAAUGCCUAGAUACACAUCGCAGUUUGUACUGAAUGCCUAGAUACACAUCGCAGUUUGUACUGCAUGCCUAGAUACACCGCACAGUUUGUACUGAAUGCCUAGAUACACCGCACAGUUUGUACUACAUGCCUAGAUACACAUUGCAGUUUGUACUGCAUGCCUAGAUACACAUCGCAGUUUGUACUGAAUGCCUAGAUACACAUCGCAGUUUGUACUGAAUGCCUAGAUACACAUUGCAGUUUGUACUGAAUGCCUAGAUACACAUCGCAGUUUGUACUGAAUGCCUAGAUACACAUCGCAGUUUGUACUGAAUGCCAGAAAGGAUGGGUGGUCAGUGCCAGACCCACGUGUGGUCAGCUCGCUCCAUGUUGGGCUGGUGCCAGUGACGGGUGGAACGAUGAGUGGUGUAGGUAGAUGUGGGGUGACAGUCAACGGGGAUGGCUCUCACACAUCACAGACGAAGCAGAAGCCUCCACCCAAACGUAAACACCCUUUACUAGCAACGAAAAAAAAAAUCUUGCGCCUAAUAUUACUCACUCGCGAGUCAAAUUAGACCUCAAGCACCAUCACCUGUUGUCCCUCUUACGUGUUCCCUUUUUGAACGCCUUUAUUUUGUAGGCAAGUGGUGUCUCAGGGUUCCCUCUUUGCAGCAAGGGCCACAGGGUAGAAGAACUCAUCACGUUUGUUAUUCUGUUACUGUCGUAAAUACACAAGUGUCCUCUCUGUCUCUCUCUCUCUCGGAUUCUUUAUCUUUUUUCUGCACGUUGUGAAGAAUCACAUCUCAAACAUUCAUGCUGGGGUGGGGGCAAACAGUUAUUAUUGACCCUUCUAUCUUUUUUGCCUCCCUGGUUCCUACGACACUGUGAUAAUAAAUAAUAAAAGCUCACUGAGGCUGGAGUUGUGGGCUUGUUGUUACUCACAGAGGGGGCCAUUGUUCACACAAACACACCAUGCACAUCUCGGAGACAGACACACAGUCACAAGACACGAGCAGUGGGUGGGGAGCAUUCGUCUUCUGUAAGUUUUACACUUUGUGGAGAAUCGCAUCUCAAACACGGGAGGAGGGGAGCAAAGGCGGUAUUGUCGGCCCCCCUCCCAGUAUUUUCUUUGGAAAGAGGCAGCUGCCCCCCUGCCCCCCAGUUUCUACGCGGGUAUGGAGCAGGAGGCGGAACCCCUCACCUGUCUACGGAUGAGUUUGUAGAGAGGUGAAUAUCACGUGAUUAGUUCAUCCUGUCUAGUGACAAACACGCGCAGCACCACCGUCCUGUCUGCUGGUGACGACACUCAUCUCCUGACUUACCUCAGGCACGGGCGAGGGGCGUGUGAACACUGUGAACAGACGAAUGAAGGCAUUAGCUACCUGUCAGUGCAUGGACACCUGGUCGCUGUGUGAACUCUCCUGGCAACGCAGGUAAAACAUUCUCAAAACAACCUGCAGGACAGUAAUGAGUUGAAUGACCGCCAGACAAAACCAACGUGUGGAAAAACAAAGGCCGCUCUAAAAAAAAAAAAAAAAAAAAAACACACAAAGUGUUUUAACCGAGGGACAAUUUUGUCACCAAAAGAAAAGGUGCUCGAAGAAACAAGUUCCAUUAUUCUUCCUUGCCUCCUACUGUCCUACUCAAAUGUGGACAGCACAGCGCCACGUGGCCUCCGUACACCCAGCCUCAGAACAUGUCAGCACCGGUCCCAAACAUGGCCGAGCAGACGUGAAGGACACGUGGACAUCCCCACCAUCAGGGACCUCCGUGCGAGUGGAGCUGCGCAAGGCGUUGAGCUUGAAGGAAGCGGUGGUGGUGCUGGUGGGUAACAUUGGAGGCACCUCCAUCUUCAUCGGCGCGACCAGCAUCCAGGCGCUGACCGGCUCGGCGGGGUUGGCGGUGGUGAUGUGGCUGGUCGGGGGUGUGAACAUGAUGUUGAUGGCGUUCAGCGUGUGCGAGCUUGCUCUGCUGCUGCCGCAGGCCGGGGGGCCCUACUCCUACACCAAGUUUGUCUUCGGCAACACGGCUGCCUUUGUGGUCCUCAUGGGCUUCGUCACCUUUGUGGGGUGUCCGGCCUGGGCGCUGGGCGCCUACACUGCUGCCCUCUACCUGCUGACCCUCGUCACCCCCUGCAGCCCCCCGGACUUGGCCGUCAAGCUCGUGGCUGCCUCCCUCUUGUUUGCACUGGUGUGGGUUAACUGUACCUACACCAAAUAUGUCACCAGGCUUCAGGUAGUGUUUACAAUGGCCAAGUUCAUCGCUAUGGUGAUCAUCAUUGUGGCUGGUUUCACCACAGUCUCACAAGGAUCAAGUCAUGAAAACAUACAGCAUCUGAUGGAUGACACCAGCACGUGUUUUGGAAGCAUUGCUCUCAGUCUUUUUGCAUCAAACUUUGCAUAUGCAGGCUGGCAAGUGAUCGCUAUGCUCAUCGAGGAAAUGCACGACCCUGCAAGGUGGGUGUUGGCUUCUACAGACUGCACGUCACAUUCCUCCUUGUCUGCCAGCCUCUCCCGUUACUUAGAUGUACCACGUGCAGUGGCCUACAGCUUCCUAAUUGUCAUCUUGAUGUUUGUCAGUACGAGCUUUUCCUAUUACAUAGUUCUCUCUCCUGCUGAGGUCAUGCACUCAGAUGCUGUCGCCAUGACCUUAGGUCAAUACGUCCACCCUGUGCUGCCCUAUAUGCUGGCACUCACUGUCGCUCUCUGCAGUAUUGGCACUGUCAAUGUCACUAUCAUGGGACAGUCAAGAAUAUUGUACGCUGCCGCUCGCAAUGGUCACAUGCCCAGGCUGCUGGCUAUGCUGCACACCAAGUACCUCAUGCCUUGGCCUGCCAUCAUCACCGCAUUGCUGGGGGCACUGGUCAUGCUGAUGUCAGGCUCGGUGAUGACGAUGAUUCAGUAUGUCAGUCUCUUUUUCAGCAUCAUGAUGUUGGUGCUCCUCCUUGCUCUCAUCUACCUUCGCUGCGUCGGUGCCACAAGUCCCUUCACCCACACAACAUUCAAGAUGCCAAUAGUGGUGGUGGUGUUUCAAGUAGCCUUGAUGCUGGCGCUAAUUGUCGUAUCUGUAGCAGAGAAACCUAAUGAGCUGGGAUUCUGCAUUAUGCUUCUGGCCUGCACAAUCCCCAUCUACCUAGUCUGUAUCAGGUGGUCGAAUAAACCACAAGCAUUUGUUAACCUUAUGGACCACCUGACAACCUUUAUACAGAAGCUGUUGCAACUGGAGCUUUCCAGUUCUUUCACUGGGCAGCAAAAAGUUUGAACACAUCCACUCCAACUGUUACUGCGUGUCUACUCUUAAAAAUAAGAACAUUUGGACUCAU